CUGCUUCACUCGCUCCAUCACCACACAACAUACUCACUAAUGAUCUCAACAACGUCCAGCACGGCUGAGAUGGUUACACAAGGUAAACUUCAGAUCAACGCCGUGGACAAUGUCGAAGAUAAAAACUCUGGGGGACUGGGAUGUUGCGGUUGGCUGUUGGUCCUCAUAUCCCUCCUCACUGUUGCAGUAACAUUCCCACUCACAUUAUUUAUGUGUAUUAAGAUAGUGAAGGAGUACGAGCGAGCUGUCAUUUUCAGACUCGGCCGGAUCACAGACAGGAAACCUAAAGGGCCAGGACUUUUCUUUGUUCUGCCAUGCACUGAUAACUUUGUGAAGGUCGAUCUGAGAACUGUGUCUUUUGACAUCCCUCCACAAGAGAUCCUAACCAGAGACUCAGUGACAGUGUCUGUGGACGGCGUGGUGUAUUUCCGUAUACAUUGCCCCAUCUCAUCUGUGGCCAAUGUGUCAAACGCACACUCAUCUACACGACUGCUGGCUCAAACCACCCUGAGGAAUGUACUCGGUACCAAAAACCUGGCAGAACUGCUGUCUGACAGGGAGGGCAUAUCACUCAGUAUGCAGGAAGCUCUGGAUGAAGCCACUGAUCCGUGGGGUAUUAAGGUGGAGCGUGUGGAGAUCAAGGAUGUGAAGUUGCCUCAGCAGCUGCAGAGAGCCAUGGCAGCAGAGGCAGAAGCCAGUCGGGAGGCCAGAGCGAAGAUCAUUGCCGCAGAGGGAGAAAUGAAUGCGUCAAGGGCUCUGAAAGAAGCUUCUCUGGUCAUUGCUGAGUCACCCUCAGCUCUCCAGCUGCGAUACCUGCAGAGCCUCAACUCCAUCGCAGCAGAGAAGAACUCCACCAUCAUCUUCCCUGUGCCCAUUGAUAUGUUGCAGGGUUUUAUGCAGAGGAAGUGAUGAAUCUUAUAGCCAGCAAUUACUACAAGAGCUAAAUGAAUUAUCUCUUUUAGAUGCUGUAUAAGAGGCAUAUAUUGUAUUUACUGCUGAACUACACUGCACUGCACUUCUUAUACAAAGUGUUCUCAGACAAAAGAGGAGCUUUGGUAAUUUUCCCUAUAUAGGAAUGCAAACUAUAGAUAUAUAGAAUAAUUAUGUAUUUAAAGAUAUACAUAUACCAGAUCUCACUUUUGGACACUUAUUUUCAUAUUGUGAUUUAAUACUUAAUACAAAGUGCAACAUAUACAGUACUGUAUAGACAUUAGUGUCUUAUCACUGACCACAAUAUUUUUACCAGCUAAGCUACAGUUGCAGUUCUGGCGGGGGACACAUAAAUUAAUCAAUUAAUGAAAUGCACAAGAAAUGUAAAACAAAAAUAAUGCAUAACAACCUGAUAAAGACAUGCUUUCAUUUAAACUCAUCCAGAGCAUGAACUUUUAAAAUACUGAAUACAAUCUUUACAACAGAAGUCCUGUAAACAAUCAAGAAGAACUGACAUCCACCUGAUGGACCAACCUUCUCUGACAUUGGAUAUAAACUGUGAACAAAACCUCUUAUUCUAGUGUCAAACAUUCAGUAAAUGAGUACAAGGUCAUGUCCACAGGACACAGAGGGAAUCAGUGCAAUCGGAGUACCUGAUGGAGAGAAAUACCAUUUCCACUUUCUUUUAGGACACAGUAAAACCAAGUUAAACAUAAUCAACUUGUUGUCCUAACAGUAAAUGCAACUCACCUGAAACCAAAUCCCUGUUUGAGCAGAUUUCCACAUUUUAUGUGUCUGGGGGGGCUGAUUAUUAUAUCAUUAUAAUAAAAGCAAUAUUUAUUCUAUCUAUAUAUUUGCUGACUGCACAAUGCUCUUUAACAUAGUUAAACAUAUUUUGUACAUCCAACUACUUUCAUACAAAGGUUAUCUUGCAAAGGAGACAGUUGAGUUGAGUGAUUAUGUAAACAUGAGCAAACGUAUAAAAAAAAGAUUACAAUUAAUAAAAAAAAAUAAAAAAGUUA